CAAAACAAAUAUCAGAUGGACCCAAAAUCAACUGCUUUUCAUAUUUAUAAGUAAACACUAAUUAAAAAAAAUAAUGAACCUAUAACAAAAGUCUAUAGUUACGAACAAAAAGAUGUGAGUCUAUUUGAUUAUCUCAUAUAGAAAAUUGGAUAGGGAGCUUAUGGGAGUGUUUACAAAGCAGUUCAUUAAGUAAGUAAACAAGUGAGAGCAGUUAAAGUGAUAAAUAAAUUGAAUAUUAAAUACAAAGAUAGAUUAUUGAGUGAAAUCACAAUUAUGGAAUUAUUGGUAUUAAAUAUUUUUAUUUUUAGGAUCAUCCUAACAUUUUAAGAUUGUUUGAAACUUUUGAAGAUGCAGAGAAUUUAUAUAUGGUUUUGGAGUAAAAAUAUCAAUUCAAUUACUUGAUAGAAUCUGUUAAGGAGGAGAUGUUUUUGAUAAAGUACUUGAAAAGGGUUGUCUUUCAGUGGAUGAAGCAUUUAAAGUUUAUAUAUAAUAUAUGAGAGCAGUCAAUUAUUAUUAAGGAUUUAAAAUAGUGCAUAGGUAUUAAUUUUUAUAAUGUAAAGAGAUUUGAAACCAGAAAACUUUUUAUUUUAAAAGAAGAAUGAUAUGAAUUCAGUCAUUGUUAUAGAUUUUGGAAUUGCAAAAAGAGGAGUAGACAAAUUAAAAACUAAAAGUGGAACAGUAAAAUUAAUAAUUUUAAAAUAGGCUUAUUAUGUUGCUCCAGAAGUUUUAGAUGGAUUAUAUGAUUAUAAAUGUGAUGUUUGGUCAGCAGGAGUUGUUCUUUAUGUUAUUUUAUGUGGUUAUCCUCCUUUUUAUGGAGAGAAUGAAAAAGAAAUACUUAUUGAAAUCAAAUCUGGAACAUUGUAAUUUGAAGGUUUAUUUUAAUAUUAUUUUUUAGGCGAUGAGUGGUAAGGAAUUUCAUAAGAAAUUAAAGAUUUUAUAAAAUAAUAAGUAUGUCCAGCACAAAACAGAGCUAUACCUAAAGAUCUAUUAAGUCACAAAUUAAUAACCUAAUAUAAUUAAAAGUUUGUGAAUGAUUUUAAGCUUAUUUCAAUGUAAAACCUAAAUUAAUGGGUCAAAUAUCAUCCAUUAAGAAGAUUGGCACUUUACUAUCUAUCAACAUAAAUUGAUUCCUGCGAUUUGAGCAACUAAAAGAAUACUUUCUUUUUCAUAAAUUCCUCUUAAAGUGGAUUGAUCACAUAACAAGAAUUAGCUAGUUAUUUGAAAGUUAAUAAAUAAGAUAUACAAAAAUUAUGGCCAUAUAUUGAUUGUAAUAGUAAUGGUUAUUUGGACUAUUUUGAAUUUGUAGCAUUAACAUUAACUCCAUAAGAUUAUCAAAAAUAAUUACAAUUUAUGUUUGAUUUUCUAAGUUAAUCUGAGAAGGUGAUAACACAAAAAAGUAUCAAAUUUAUUUUUGAUUAAAAUGCUAAUUUAAAUAAUAAGUGGGAUGGUAUUUCAAAUACAAAAAAUUAGAUUGCUUAAGUUAAUCAACAUGAAUAAUAAAUAAAUGUUAAAAACAUUAUUGAUAAAGACAUGGAUUUUAAUGCAUUUAAAACAAUAAUGGGAUGA